CCCGGACCUCCUCUUCGCCGCCGCGACUCCCCCGAUCGUGAGCCGCGUUCCUGCGUGAGCCGCGCGGGCGGUCGGCCGGCCGGCUGGCUGGCCGGGAUCGAGGUGGCUAGGGGCCGAGGGCCGGCGUGGAGAUGCCUGCCAGGGUUAAUAUAAUUGAUGAGCUACCUGCCGCUUUCUGAUCAAGUUUUGGAUUCUAAAACCGGUGGAGAACAAUAUUUGAUGCGUGCCGGGGAUUGAACCCUGGUUGGCUGUAGAGGCUGAUUUAAUUGAUUUCCCUCAUGAUUGUGGGAAGUCAGAAGACCUUCAACAUUUCUCAUCAUAAAAAGUACUAAUUUGAGUAUUCAAGGACAGUAGUCAUCUGACUGCUUGUUCAAGAUGCAGAACCGACAAGGAUAUUGCAGCUAUUGCUGCGUGAGCUACAGAAACCUGGACCAGCAUAUAGCUAGUCCUCAGCACAGAUACCUGACUGCCCAGAAUAGACAGUGGAUGGGUACCACCAGUCUGAUGGAACGUUUCUUGCAGGAUGUCCUGUGGCAUCAUCCAUAUCAUUCUCAAGAAAGCAGAUCAGUUCAAAAUGAGAGACCUAUGAAUGCAUCACCUUCUCAACUGGUUCCUGAUGAAGGUUUUCCUGAUGAAGUGAAUGAGGAUGAUCCUGAAGUCAGAGAAGAGAGGCUCUCUAUGGGUUAUGAAUCUGAUGAAGAGUUAGAUUCCAGAUCCAGUGAAUCUCAGGAAAAUAUUCAGAAUGUUUCCAUUCGACCAUCAGUUAUUCAAAAGUUGGAGAAGGGUCAGCAGCAGCCCUUGAAUCUUGUUUGUAAAAGUGGGAAUGAAUUUAAUCCAGUAGGUGUCAGUCAAACUACAAAUAAUGGGCAAAACGUAGCAUGUUCCUCAGUAAGCUCUGAUGUUCAUGCUAGUUGUUUACCAGAAAUUUCAAAUGGUACACCAGUUACAACUAAUACUACCAAGUUGCCACAGGUAUCCCAUUUGGAUUCUGUUAGUGAUUGUGACCCUAGCAGAGCUGACAGAUACUUUGAACAGCGAGAGAGAGGUUCUAGAAACACUGUGCUAACAUCCUGUGUAAAAAUUCCUUCAGUUCCAUGUCAGAAACCUAAAGAAUCAAAUCAGAAUUCUGUACAUGUAAAUUCCAAGCAGAUGAUUAAACAGGAAGAUAUAGAAACUCCAGAUAAGACUUUGUCAACUGGCUUAAAAUCCCAUGAAUUAGCAGGUACUGGAGGCUCACUAAAAUGUGAAUCUCUUUUCACAUUAGCAGAAAACCUACCUAUAGAUCUGAGUAAAAAUAAAAUGCCUUCUCAUAAAGGAAUCCUUGAAGAUUCCUUUGCAAAACAAAAUGGGGAUUUUUCUAAUAGGUAUUGUGCCCAAGGAGAAAACUAUCUCAUUAACAAGUCAGCUUUUUUGGAACAAAAAACCUCAGUAGGUUCUGAAAUGAAAUUUGGUUGUGGCUAUCUUCAGUCAUCUUCUGAUCAAUCUGAAGAGACUGUACAAGACCUUACGAAGGAAAAACAAAUUGACCAAGAAAAAAAGAAUGCCUUGGGAGGUUCUGAAAUGAGCUUUGAUUAUGAUUCCUACUUUCAUUUACCAACUGACCAAUCUAAAGUGGCAGCCAAAGAAGCAAAUCUUUUAAAGGAAGAUAUUGGUCAUAUGUGGUAUACAAAUGGUAAAUCUUACACUUUUGAAGCAAGUUCAAAUUUUGAUGCCUUUCCUCAGUUGGCUGCUAACCAAAUUCAUGGAAUUGUUAAAGACACAAAUCUUCAGAAUGCAGUGCCUAUUAGCCUGGUUGAUGAAUGCUACAAUUCUAGUGAUUCGGAGAUGAAUUUUGACUGUGAUGUUUCACUUCAGCCAACUGAUGACUACCUUCAACAGUCCACCAAGGUAGAAAACUUUCCUAAGGGGGUAUACAUAGGCUUGGUUGAUAGGAAUUAUGGAUCUAGUAGCUCUGAAAUAAGUGCUGAUUCUUCUUCUCCACUUGAGUCGGUAGUUGACCAACUCCCAGUGGCUGUCAUGGAAACAAAACCUCAGAAGUAUCACAUUUACUUGGUUGAUAAGGACUACGGCUCAAGUUGUUCCGAAGCAAGUUCUGAUGAUGAAUCAAUAGUUGACCAUCCUCAACUGACUGUCAAAGAAAGAAGUCUUAAAGAUAAGCAUGCUUACUUGAAAGAUAACUACAAUCCCAGUAGUGCUGAUGCACACCUUGGUUUUAACGAGAUAGUGACUGGUGAACCUCAGAAAGCUGUUGAAGAAAUAAAUCUGGAGGCGAGUGGUCCCAUGGAUAUGAACUCACAUGAUAGUCAGGAUCUUAAAAUCAAUUUUCAUGCUCAUUUGGUGGCUGACCAAUCACAAGUGGCACUUAAAGAAGUAGACCCUCAAGAAGUAGCUACUGAUGUGGAGAAUAAGAGUGUUAAAUCUAGUGCUUCUGAGCUAAGUUUUGUUUCUAAUGUUUCUCCUUAUCAGCCAACAAAUAAUCAACCUCAAGAAGUUCUAAGUGAAAACAAUGUGGAAGAAUCAAAUAUUGACAUAGAAGUUAAGAGUUUUGGAUGUUCCAGUUCUGACUUGACUUUUAAUUCUGAUCCCCCUUUUAUAACAGCCACUGAGCAUUCUGAAAUAGAUAAUGCAGGGAUAAGAAAAGAGUACAAAAAUCUGGAAGAUAAGAAUUAUGGGUCAGAUACUUCUGAUAUAACUUUUGAUUCUGAUAUUUCUCUUUGCUCUGAGGAUCAAUUUCAAGUAGCUGUUUAUGAGAAGAAACCUAUGGAUUCAGAAAGUAAGCGUAAUGGAUCUGGUAUUUCUGAAAUACAUUUUGAUUCUGAUAUGCCUCUUCAUUCAGAUAAUGAUCAACUUGUAGUAGUUAAAGAAAUAACCAUUAAAAAGGAAGAACAUGUCCAUUUAGAGAGGAAAAAUGGUGAGGCCCAUGGUUCUGGAAUAAGGUUGGAUUAUUAUGUUCCUCCUCAUUCAGUGUCUAACCUUAAAAAUGAAGAAUGGGCAGAUUUAGAAAAUUUGAAACAUGAGCCUAGUGGUUCUGGAUUGAAUUUGGAUUAUAAUAUUUUUCAUUCAGUGACUAAACUUUCUGAUGGUCCCAUUAAAGAAAUAAACUUUCAGAGAAAAGAAGAUAGAUAUUUAGAACAUAAGGAUAAUGAACAUAAUAUUUCUGAAACCAACAUGAAAUCAGGUGUACUUUUAGCGACUGGUCAUCCUGACUUAACUGCUAACGAAAUUAACCAGAGGAAAGAAUCUGCAGUCUUGGAAGACAACGGUAACAGAUUAAGUGUUUCUGAAACAAGUGUGUAUUCCACUAUCCAGGCAGUGACACAAAUACCUGAAGUAGAUGUUCAAGAAAUAUGGCUUCAAAAACAAAAGCAUGUUAACGCCAAAGAUAAAAUGGCUGAAUCUAGUGAUUCUGAAAUAAAUUCAGAUUCUGAAUCUCCUCAUUAUUUAGUGAAUGAACCUCAGAUAGCUUUGAAAGAAAUAAAUGUUCAGGAAGAUGUACAUGGUUUAGGAAACAAAAGUGUUAUCCGCAGUUGUUCAGACGUGUUUUUGGAUCCUGGUAUUCCUCCUGAGUCAAUGAUAGAAAAACCUCAAAUAGUUAUUUUGAAGAAAGAUCACGUUGAUCCAGAAAAUGAAUAUUCUGAAUCUAGAGAUUUUGAAAUAAAUUUUAAUAAGACCCCUCUUCAUUCAGUCAUCAGUGAAUCUAAAUUAACCCUUUUAAAGGAAAAACAUGUUGACCUGGAAGGUGCAAACAGUGAAUAUAGUGAAUGCAGAAUGCAUUUUUAUCCCAUUGAAACUCUGAAGCCAUUAACUGAACAAUUUCAGGACAAAGUAAAGCUGUGGAAUGAAGAUGUUGGCUUGGAAAAUAAGAUUGAUCAACAUAGUGGUUCUAAACUAAAUUAUCCUGAUGUUUCUCUUCAGUCUGAGGCUGAACAACCUGAAGUAGCUGCUAAACGAAUUAAACUUGAAAAUCAAAGUCAUCUUUACUUGGGAGAUAUGAUCAGCCAAUAUAAUGAUCCUAUAAUGAGUUUAAAUUCUAAUUUCUUGGUGCAGCCAAUAGUUGAACAACCUCAAAUAAACAUCUUGGAGCAGGGGCAUAUUGAACUGGAAGAGAAGCAUCAUCAACUUUGUGGUUCUGAAAUAAGUUUUGAUUCUGAUGGCCCUGUUCAGUCAGUGGCUGAUCAGAUUAGAGAAACUGUUAAAGAAAUCAGUCUUUGUAAGGAUGAAGUUGAUGUGGAAGAGAAGAGGGAUGCUUCUAAAAGGUUUGAAAUUGUCUAUGAAUCUGGUGUUAUCUUUCAGUCAGUACCUGACCAAACUGAAGAUAUCCUUAAGGGCAUCAACUUUUGGAAGAAGCACGCUGAUGUGGAAGAUAAAAUUGUUGAGCCCAGUAAUUCUAAAAUAUCUUUAGGUUCUAAUGAACCUCUUCAGUCAGUGACUCAUGAAUUUCAAGAGGAUAUUACAGAACUAAAUCUUGGAAAGGGACAUGUUUGUUUGGAUGAAAAAGACUACAAAAUCAGUGAUUCUGGAAUAAUUUAUGUGUCACAUGGCCCUCUUCCACCAAUGGUUGAGCACCCGCACAUUUUAGAAGAGGAACAUGACAAUUUGGGAGGGGCGUACGGUGAUCCUUCUGGACCUGGAACAAGUUAUGCUUCUGAGGAUCCUCUUCAGUCAGUAACUAACCAACUUCAAAGUGGUGUUACAGAAAUGUGCCCGUGGAAGGAAGACCACAUUUAUCUGGAAGAUAAGACUUACAACUUAGGCAACUUUGAAGUAAACUGUGAUUCUGAUACUCCUGUUCACUUUGUGGCUGAUAAAUCUGCCAUGACUCUCAAAGAAUUAAACUUACAAACAAAAAGUGUUAAUGACCUAGCAGAUAAGAACUAUGACUCUACUAUUUCUGAAAUAAAAUGUAAUUCUGGUAUUUGUCUUCAGCUGAAAGUAGAUGAGCCUCAAGUGAUUUGCAAGGAAAUAAGCCUUCAGAAGGAAGAGCAUCUUGGCAUGGAAGGAAAGAACAGCGAAUCUGAGAUCAUAUGUAACUCUGAUGGCCCUCUUCAAAUAGUCGUUGACCAACAUGGAGUGUCAAUCAAAGAAACAAAUCUUCAAAAGAUGCUCGUUAUGGACCUGGUGACUGGUGAUAGUGAUUGUGAAAAUAUUUCUGAUUCUGAUAAUGCUUUUCAGCCUGUAGUGAUUGACCCACCUCAGAUGACCGUUAAAGAGGUUAACUGUAUCAAUGCAGAACAGUUUGAUCUAGAAAGUGCGAGCCGAGACUCUUUUACUUCUGAAUUAAGAUAUGCUCGUGACACUUCUAGGUCACUAACAAAAAAAUCCAAGGACACGUUCAAAGUAGUAAACCAGAAGAAAGAUUACAUCAUUCUCCAAGAGUCUAGCUGUGAGUCUUCUGGUUCUGAAAUAAAUUUUCAAGUUGAUCCCACUCCUCAGUCUGUAACUUACCAAUCACAAGGGCCUGAUAAAAAAAAAAUGAAAUAUAAUGACUCAGAAGAUAAGGACUGUGAAUUGAAUCGUCCAAGCACAAGUUUUAAAUGGAAAGAUUCAUCUCAGUCAGUGACUCACCAACGACAGAAAGUGGACAAAGAAUUGAGCUCUCAGAAAGAUGGAGUAAUUAUUAAUCUAAGAGAUAAUAACUAUGACUCUAGAGUUUCUGCACUUGAUUGUAGUGCCUCUCCUGAGUCAACUCAUCAUCAAAAUGCUGAUAAAGUUCCUACUUUGCAGUUAGAACAUCUGCCUCCAGAAAGUAUGAGCUGUGAACCAUCUACUUCUAAGACAAAUUUUCAGAGUGGUUCUUCACUUGUGUUUGGUCCUGAUCGUCCUCAAAAAGCUUCGAAUAAAGUAGACUUUGUUAAGAAGAUGUCUUACACGCUGAAAGAAAGGAAGCAGGAUUCCGAUUUAAACACUGUUCUCGUGGUUGAUUCUGAAAGUACCCCAGAUCAAUUGCAUGUCGUCAUAGAAGAUAAUAUCGUAGAACCAGUUCUUGAAGCCUUGCCUCACAUCCCACCUUCAUUUGUAGGGAAAACAUGGUCUCAGAUAAUGAAAGAAGAUGACAUGAAAAUCAAUGCUCUUGUGAAGGAAUUCAGGGAAGGUCGUUUCCAUUGUUACUUCGAUGAUGAUUGUGAGACCUGUAAAAAUAAAAAAAAAAUUCUGAAUAAAGAAGACAAGAUUACCCGGGAUGACCUAGGUCAGGACACUGCCUCAAAUCACAUUCUCUCAGCUGACAAUGCUAGUCGUUUUUUGGACAUUAGUGACUUAUCAGUGGCCUUAGAUAAAUUUAGCCAUCAUUCUCUAACAAAGAUGCCUUAUGAUCAACCAUGCCGUGCAGCUUCUAGAUGCCAGACUGUGAAACUCAGCCAUGGAACUCAAACUCAUCUCGUGAGUCACCCAGGGACAAAAAGAAUGAGGCAAGAGGAAGACUCACCAAAAAGGAAGCAUUCAAAUGUGACCAGAAAAAGGAAGAAGAGAGUCAAAACAGAAACACUUGAGUUUCCCCAAAUGUGUACUCAUAUUUUGAAGCCUUUGCAACCCAAUGCCUUACUUUAUGUUCUUUCAUCAAAUAUGUGUAAGAUAGAGGAAGAUGAAUCCUUAAAUGUCUCAAAAAUGAGACCCAAUACUCAAGUAAAUAAUGGGGUUCUUAGAGUGCAGUACAAAUAUAAAUGGAGCUCCAUUAGUUAUGACACAUUGAAUCAGCAAAUUGCAAUUGAUACUUCUCCUCCAAAAAUGGAAGUGCCAGAGCAUGAGGGGAAUAUUUGGGUUAACGUUCAUUUUGAUGGGAGUAGCCCAAAUGCAGAAGAUAAAGACGAUUCGCGGAACUCUGUAAAAGAUGAAUUAAUGACAGAGGAGAGGGACAAUGGACAUUUUGUGUCUCCGGAAAAACCAGAGACUUUGAAUUCUAAUGAAGUUCCUAGGGAAAGUAAUUUCCAGUUAAGCCUUUCAACUUGUGAUACUGUCAAAAUUCCUCAAACAUCAGUGAGGGGUAAGGUUUCAGAAAGUAAAAAGAAAAUUCAGAGAAGGAAGUUGGCAGCUAAGAAGUUGGAUUUACCCCAGAAGGCUUAUAAACCAGUCAUUCUCCAGCAAAAAAAGAGAAUUGCUUCUGAAGAGCAGUCGAUUUGGAUUCAGACCAAAUUAAAUGGCAUAAUCAGAAAGUAUAUUACAAAAUAUUCUGUUUUCUUGCGUCAUAAAUACCAGUCCAGGAGCACUUAUGUUAGAACAUAUCUGAAGAAAAAAUCUGAUGCUGGCAGAUCAAAGAAGCCCAAAAGACAGGCCCAAAUACCUUCCAACUCGGUUCCUUCUGGCACAGAAGAGAAGAAAACAGCUGAUGCAAGUUCCUCUCUGAAGCAGCCUGGUCAGGGUGCAUUGCAGGAGCCCCCCAAAGCUCUUCCCUAAAGCAAUGGUGCAGGGUUCUGCUAAUUUUGCAGGAGCUAUUGGAGGCUUUUCUCUGAGGCAACCUGCACAGCAUUGCAGAAAGAGGAAUUUUUUUUUUAAAUGCCCUAAGGAAACAAAAACAUGGAAUACUUGUUAAAAUACAUACUUUGAGAAGUUUAUGUCCUGAAGUACCAUACUCUGAUUGAAUAAAGGUUAAGGCCGACAAAACCAGGUCAUGUGGUAAUGAGGUAGAUGAGAAGAGUGACUGUGUUAAAGCUAGUUGAAGACUCAGUAUUUCAGCCAAAAUAUGUCUGAUUUUUAAAUGCAGGUAGCUCUCCCAAUUUUGGUGGGAAAACCUUCAAAUAUUUUGCUAUAGACAUUAUUUUUUUCAGAACUUUUAUUUUUAAAAUCCGCAUAUAAGGUCUUUUUUUAAAGAAAAGAUUCGAAAGCACCUUUCACCAUUGUUGUAGAUGAAUUUUUGAUUUGUAACAGUUUAGAACAGUGUUUAUUUUUGUUUUCUAAAUCAUGUCCCUCUUAUUUAUUUUUAAUUAUUAUAUCAUGUCAGCAGUUUAAAAUAUUGGAAGAGUGAACAUGGCAAACAUUAAGUGCUAUCUUGUUUUACUUUUUUUUUUUCCAGAUUGAACCCAGGGCCUCACACAUGGGAGGCAUGCACUUUAUUUUUGAAAUUUUUAUUUUGAAAAAAAAGUUUCUUUAUUUUUGCCUUUGAAAAUUGGUACAAAUGAAUUUAAAAGUAUAUUUUAAAAUGUUUCUCCCCAUAAGAUAUAAUUAUAAAACCAUAUUUAUUCUAUGUGUUCUAAGAGUUAAUAUAUUCUAGCUGAAUAAUGAAAAAGAAGAAACUAUAGUAGAUUAUUUCCACUUUUGAGAUGGGGUGACCACAAAUGAUCACCAAAAAAGUAUAAUUUAUCUUUCUUUAAAAAAGAAUUUCCAGAGAAUGUGAUUCAAUAAUAUUUAGUACAGCUUCUGGAGAAUUUAUAUCUGUAACAUCAAUUUUCUUUGGUUGCACCCAGUGCAGUCAGUUGUGGUAGGUUUUUCUUGCAUAUUUUUAUCUCCUAAGAAGAAGGUGAUCUGCCAAAAUGAUGCUUUUAAGUUUUAAACCACCUUUAUGCUCCUUCAUCUGGUUUGGUGGUUUGGUAUGAAAAUCCAGGUUAUCUUGGACUCUAUUUCCUAACAAUAUUUUGGAUGUCAGUGUAUUUUUAAUAGAUUGAACUGAUCCCUGGGUUGGUAAUUUUGACAGACCAUACACUGUUGUCAUUAAGAGUUAUUUGUAACAUUUAUUACAAAAGAUCUCAGAAACCCAUUAACCUAGGUAGAGGCCCAUUUUCCAAGUGAAAAAUGGUGUGUUUGUGCAUUAGUUUGACUUCCGUUAAACUUGCCAGUUGAUUUUAACACUUCAAGUAAAAGAUGUUAAGAGAUACAGUUGAAGUCUCAGGUACUCAGAAUAUGUUUAGAGCUUUUACUUGGGGAUUAUUGAGCUGGUACAAAUGCAUCUAAUUAUCUUCUUAUGCCAGGAAUUCUCUUUCCUUUUCUGUCAUUAAUGUUAAAGGGAAAUGUGAACAGUAGCUGUAUUGUAUGAUUAUUGUGUUUUAUUGAAGCUAAAUUAGUGUACUAUAAUUUCAGAGAUAAAAAUUAUUUAUGUUAGAAUUAAUGAAGUUUAGUGUAACAGUUGUUUUCUAAGCCAAGUUUUAUUUCAGGCAGGGGUUAUUAUUUCACCAACCCCUGGAGAUUGUGUUAGGAUGGUGUUAUGCUGUAAUUUAUUGACUAUUUUUCAUUUAAAGCAGUAAUUAUGUUUUUGUAGAAAAGACAAAUACUUAUAUUUUUAGUGAAAAAUUACUUCAAUUUUGCCUUAUAUACAAACACUUUAUAUAUAUAUAUGUAUGUAUAUAUAUAUAAAGUGGGUCACCAUUUAAAAAUAAUUCCCCAGGGUCAGGGAGAUAAAUCAGUGGGCUGUGGCACAUGCUUUUGCAUGCAAGAGGCCAAGGUUUGAUCCCCCUACCCAUCACUGCAAGGUCCCCUGAGCACCACCUGGAGGGACCCUUCCCCCACCACAUCCACCCAAGCACAGAGAUGGGAAUAGCUCCUGGGUGUGGGCCAAAAAAACACAAAUCCUCCAGUUUUAGCAAGAAAACUAUUUUAAUUAUGGACUAAAUGAUCAGUUAUUAUAUAGAAACAUUGUAUUUGUGAGUGCUAGUGUCUUUUGUUACUAUGAGGUAUAUAUAUAUAUAUGUCCCUUUAUUAAUAGAUAUUUUGCAAGCUUUUAAUAUAUGUAAGGUGUAAGUUUAAAAUCAUAUGGAAAUAUCUAUCAUAUUUAUUGUUAAAUCAAGUAGAGAUGACAGUUCUUAUAAAUCAAGUUGCUAAAAAAACAAAGUUAAAAAUAUUUUACUACCUUUUUACAUUGAAAGCACUUCUAAGGACCUCCAUUUUUUAAGAAGAAAAGCUAUAUUUAAAAUUCUUAUUACUAAAAAUAUCAAAGCAUAAUAUAAUACUGUUUAUCUAAAAAUAUUUGGAAAUAUUUACCAAGUUCCUCUAGCCAUUAUUUAAGAUAAGCUUAAAAAGUUCAAGUAAUAAAAAUUAUAAUUUAAAUUAAUUCAGAAAUAAAUGACUUUCAAAAUUUGAUAGGACACAAAAUACAUGGUCAGUAUCUAUAAAAGUUCAUUGUGGUUUAAUUUGCGUAUUAGAUUUAAAAAGUUUGAAUUUUAUGUGUGAAUUCAUACAGAUUUGUGUGUGUAUUCACACAAAAAAUGAAUUAAAUUCUUUUAAAAGUAUAUAUCAAGUUACAACCACAAUGAAUAUCUUGCUAAUCUUGUCCCUAUUCAGUAUCUUGCAUACAUUUUCACUAUAAUUCCUCCAAACUAUACAGUAUGUGGAAAGCAUUGUGUAGAGUGUAUUUUGCAUUUGUGCAUUUAGAUUAUUUGUUUAACUAGGGCGCUGAGUGACUUUUUUUUUUUUUUGGAAAGAGAAACUAUAUUUAAAUAUUCAAACAACUAUAUUUCCAUGUAAAACUGAGAAAACUAAUGUAUUUUUUAUAACAGUUUAAAGAACAAAUCUGUUUUUUGAACUUAUGAUAAAAUUUAUCAAAUACUGAAACUUAUCUCUACUUUCUCCUCAUAUUAAGACUUUUUUUCUGGAAAUACUUAAGGAAUCAGAAUUAUGAAACAAGUUCAUUUUAUAAAUAGUCUUAUAGAUUAUUAAAAGAAUAUAACUUAUGCUGGUGAAAAAAUAGUCUAACCAAAGAUAUACAAGUUAUGUUUAAUGAGUUCUUUUCAAAUUAAAGUUGAGACACUA